AUGGCGACAUUAAAAUUAAAAGAACGGCCACCCGCAGAGGAUAUCGAGAGCUGGGAUGACGAUGGCGACUUCCUCAUUGACGGGGACGACCUGAGCAGGCGCACCUCGACCACUUUCAGCAACGCGCCCCUCCGCCGCCGAGACUCUACCUCGUCUCAUGUGUCGUUUCGAUCCGAACUUGAGUCGAUGCCAGGCGACGAACAGCAGUUUCAUAUCCCUGGCGAUGACGAAAGCUCGACCAUGGAUGCCAUCGCCGCCGCUCAACACGUCGGCGUUCCCCUGCCCCAGAAUGUACCAACGACAGCACUCAUGGGAGGAACCAUCAAGCGUCUGGGAGGACGCAAAAUUCAGAAAAUUAUCCAGGACGAUUGGGAAAAUGAUUUGGAGAUUCCCGAAUUUCCAAAAGGGCUCGUCAUCAAGACGAAGGAAGCCGUCGACUUUCCCGAUACGCUUCGACAAGUCAGUGCGGGCUCCCUCAUGGACAGUCCAACCCAUCUCAUGAAAUCACCAUCAACAAACAUGACCACUUUUGCUCCCAUUCAACCCACUUCUACGUCGGCAGCCAAGUCUGCGACGAGCGCACUUACCUCGGCUAUCAACUUGGACAAGUUCAAAGACUCCGAAGACGACGACUUCUUUGGCCCAGGUCCUGCCACAGUUCGCGUACCCAGUAUCCCUAGAGGCCGAGUGCAGGCCAACCCCGUGUCUUUCAUCACACCCCCGACUCCGCAAAAGAAGGACAAUACAAAGGCAACCGAGGAUGGCUUUGAGGAUGACCUGGAGCUGCCAUCGGAUGGCAAGUUGACACUUUCAACAAGAAGAGACAUUCCAACAACGCCGUCGCAGGCCGACGACUUGGAUUGGGGUGAAGGGAGUCUGGGUACACGCUGGGGCGGCACCCGACGUGAUGGACGAUCGGCUAGGAGCUCCUCUGCAUCUGCGCUCAGCCCUAGCAUUUCUAGCUCGGUCACUGCGGAGAGUGAAGACGAGACUUUUGAUGGCCUUUUGCUUCCUACUGGUCCCCUAAACUUCAGGGAGCGACUCCAACGCCGCAAAAAUAGCCCCUCCCCAUCAAGGUUAACUGUCGAUACACAAAUUGCCAGUGCCGCGACUACCCCAAACAAACCACAUGUGGAAGCAGAACGUCAGGAUCCUCUUGAUGGCCUAGAUAUCGGCGAUGGUGAUGUGUUCGAGUCUGCCAAGCUGUCCCUGCACCGAAACAUCAAAAUCAAGGAAUCCCAACCUGCCAGCCCUGCGCGACCCAAGACUGCAAUCUCAUUGACGUUCAGCAACAAGCCCAUCACGAGCACCCGCCUGCCACGUCUCAGUCAUGAGCGUUCACGUUCUACGGCGCUGGAGCCUGUCUCGGAGAGCGGUGGCCCUAUUCAGCAAAGGAGUCGUCGGCCCCAAUCUCGCCUGGGUCACUCUGCCCAGUCAUCUGUCGUUAGCGUACCGACGCCCACGACUUUGCAUGCGCCUCCCUUCCCGCCAUCAACACCGCGCCGGAGAGAAGUUACAGCUGGAUCAUCCUUUAGCACUCUCCGCAAUGAUACUGCAUCUACGACAAACUCGCAGCUUCUGCGUCAAAAGCGAUCAAUGCCUGCUGUUCGGCAAGCAAACUCGCCCAUGAAGCCCCCGACUACGCGCUCGGAUCGGCCACCCUCAAGAGAUAAUAACCGACCCCAAUCUGGGCUCCGCCCCAAGACUCCAGUCGAGCGCAUUCGGCAGCAGGAAAGCCCAACAUCACACUCGAAAAAGGCACCAUCUAUGCCUUUUAUACCUGCAGGAAGCUCACAGAGUACAUCACAUCAUGUGACGUCCAAAGGAAUGAGACAGUUCCGCCGAUGGGAUUCUGAGAAUGCCAUUGACACUCGGUCUAUCUCCCGGACAUUUUCAAGGUCCGCUAUGCGCUCGCCAAGUCCUCAGCGGUUUAAAGUCGCUGCUGAUACUUGGGAGAGGCUUAGUAAACCUAAGAACAAGCGCAACUUUGGCGAUGGGCACGAGUUGGAUGGAUUUGAUGAUCUUCCAACAUCCAAGGAAGCAGAGACUCGCUUCUUGCGGCAACCGAAUUCGGCUGGCAUAAAACCUGCUCUGAAAAACAAAACGUAUCUGAAUUUGAUACCCGACCGCAUUGGUACACCUGCCCCUCAAUCACCUGCCAAACCUCUGUCGAGCACUCCCCGCUUUGCUCGUGAUACCGCAGCAAGUCGUAUUGCUCGCGAGACGUCGCUAGCAAACCGCAUUCCUGCAAAUGGUCCCCUUGCUACCAUUUCUGCGCAGCGCGGCACGAAUCUGCCUCCUCGGGGAGCCGCCACCCCGCAACUGCCGUCGCAACACAUCAUUCGAUCCAAGAAGCCCUCUAAGCGCGUGCAACAGCAAAAGCCGCACUUGAUUGCCAACUUGAACAGCGGCAAAGAAUCCAGGACUAUCAAUGGCAUGUACUAUAAUGCUGACACAUUUCGAUGGGAAGGCAACGAGAAUGUUCUGAAUGCCUUUGAUCAUACCUCGACGCAGUCGCCAGCGCCCUCUCCCGCACACCUAGCACGAGAGAAGGACACCACAACCCCCCGCCCAGCCCUAAUCACCAAUAUUAGCUCCACGAAGGGAGUUCAAGUUGUCGGCGGCAUGGUGUUUGACCCGCAGAACAUGUGCUGGCUCAAAAUUGGGCCGCAAAAUAACCCGGCGUCGGAGACAAGUGACACAAUGGAUGGCUUCAAUGCUCUUGACGACGAAGAGGAUGUCUUUAAAGACAUUCCUGACUUGGAUGACCACGGUACCGAUGACACACGUGGACAGGGCCGGGCCAGCGACAUCAAAGACGAGUGGCUCGUUGGAGAAGAGUUUGAUGUCGGACCUGAGUUUAUUAGGAGACAACGUGAAGAGGAGGACCGUUGGAGACGAAAGUGUGAGAAGUGGGUUGGUCGUGGAUCCCGAGACCGCGACAUAUGGAGGUGGACGAUUCGCGAGCUGGUGUCGCAGUUUGACGACUUGUCUGUUUGA